AUGGAGGUUCUCAAAAAUAAUUUUCAUGAACUUUUGCCAAUUAUUAAAGAGGCUAUUGAAGGGGCCGAUUUUGUAGCUAUAGAUACUGAGCUGACAGGGCUUAGUGAGCAAAUUGAACGAAUUAAAAGUUUUGAUGAUCCGCAAUCAAGAUAUUUAAAGCUUCGAGCGGCAGCUACCAAGGCAACAAAUGCUGAUAGAAGGGAAUUAAGUGAUGUUUGCUUUAUGUGUAGUGGAUCGAGUUUACAUUUCUUAAUGAAAUGGGGUUUUGAUUUUAACAAAUUGAUUUCUCAAGGAAUGCCAUAUUUGAAUCAUACAGAAGAAGAAAAACUUUUACAAAGAAAAGCUGAUCUUGCACAAAGGCAAACGGAUGAUGAAACUAAAGUUUUCGUAGAUAAAGCAAUUGCUUCAAUUGAAGCGUGGUUAGACAGCAGUGAUACUAAACAGUUGAAACUAUCAACUCCACUUAUUAGCCAGAAACGCUUAAUCUUUCAAGAAAUUAGGGCUAGACUCAUCUCUGCAGAGAGCAGGCCUAAAUGCAUAAUGAUUGAAAAGUUGUCAGAUGAACAAAAGGAGAGAAAAACAAAAGACGAUGCUGCUGAACUGUUGGUACAAUCAAAAAAACCUCUGGUAGGUCAUAAUUGUCUUUUGGAUAUUUGUCAAGUUAUUCAUCAAUUUUGGAGUGAUCUGCCAGAGAAGUUGAAAGAUUGGAAAAAGCUCGUGCAUGGAUUAUUUGAAGUAAUUAUUGACACAAAACAUCUGGCAGCGACACACCGCAAAUUACAGUUGCUGCUACCAAGAAAUAGCGUUCAGGAUAUUUUAGAUGUCGUUCAAGACGAACAAUUUGAAAAUUUAGCUCCGAAAGUUGUUCUGGAUCCUAAGUUUACUAGAUAUACGUUCAAUGAUGAAAAUAAAAAUCAUGAGGCCGGUUACGACGCGUAUAUUACUGGGUAUAACUUUAUCAGAUUGGCUGUAUUUAUUCUUCACCAAAAAGAAGAGAAAAUUGAUGUUUAUGCCAAUGUAUUGGGUGAUUGUUCAACAAAUGAAGAUACGGAAAUCAUACCAGAGCAUGAAGAAGAAGAAACGAAUUUAUUUAAAUAUAUGAUGUCAGCCGAAAAAUUGACGCGUUAUUUUAAUAAAUUACAUUUAUUGAAAUCAGAUUUCAAAUAUAUAAAUUUGGAUGGAGAUGAUGGAUUUCCUCCCACCAAAACAAAUGGAUUCUUGAUAUCAAAAAUUCCAGCAUCUUGUUCUAAAGCAACAAUGAAUGUCCUUUUCGAAGAAUUUGGAAAUAUAUUUUUCCAAUGGAUUGAUGAUACACAUUGUUGGCUUACGGUUAAAGAAGAUAAGAAAGUAAAUAAAGUUCCACUUGGUGUCUUGAGUAAAUCAAAGAUGUUCUCAGAGUUUCUAGAGGGCGGUAAAAAGUAUGUUUUAGCACAAGAAAAAGGUAUUACGAAGGAAAUGGGUGAAAUUUAUAUCCAGUCAUGGGGUAAUUGGAUCCAAACAAUAUUACAAGCAGAAGAGGAGGAUACAGAUGUAAUUGAGUCUCAAGAUACUGAUAAUAUAUCAGUUGAUGACAUAAAAGAUGAAACAUAUGAUGAUCAUAUUGAAGAGAUAGAAUUUGAAUAUAAAGAACCUUUUCAAAUACCUCGAGAUGAAUUAUCGACUUGGGGAUAUUUAAAAGAUAAUUUGAGGGAAGAUUGUGAUUUUGGGAAUACAAAUAAUUCAUCAAGUGAAUGGGGUCAACCCCCUACAUAUUUCCAAGAAACAUUAAAUUCUGGUACCAGACGUACACUGUCGACAUAUCACACAGUAGAUGAUAAUAAUUGUGAUGAUAUAAAUGGUGCCUCCAAGAGAACAAAAAUUGGGUAG